AUGGGACAGAAACUCGUCGCAUGCUUUCGACCACAACCACUAUUACCAGUAGUAGAUUCUCAAGAAGAGAGGGAAUCGCAGCAAGCGUCGUUGCCGUCGCUGUCUUUGGAGCAACCGAAGCGUCGUUCCACUUCAGACACUUCCAUGUCUUCUUCGCUACUGUGUCAAAUACCAGCUGAAUUACUUCUUUACAACAUAUUUCCGUACCUGACAUUUGUGGACUUAUGUCAUCUUUCGCAAGUAAAUACAUUUUUGCACAAUCUUCUUGAAGCAGCAACACACGAGGCUUCAGCAAAUCAUCUGUGGACAAAGUGUAUCAAGGAUGAAAUGCUUGAAAAUUUUAUCGAAAGAGACAUUGACGUGUCGUAUGUCGUAUCUGAGCAAGAAGCGCUGAAGGCAACAAUUCGUGCCUGUGCAAAUGAACGUUUUCUUGAAAUGAAAGAACGAAUUUUCCAUGCCUUCGGCGGUGGUCAGUCACAUCCGGAAUUGUGGCCUGACAAUCAAGAAAUAUGUUUGACAGGUGAAUGUACGUGGUAUCCGGAUGUUACUGAUAGAUUAUCACAGCAUCAGAAGUUAGUGGACGAGAAGAAGAUGAUAUUAACAGUGCUACCACACUUCUAUCCGCGCUCUACAGAACGAGACACAGAAUACGCGGCUAAACAAUAUCGCAAGUUAUUAAUAACCGUCGCUAACCACCAGAAGGAAGGCUAG